AAUCCUCUAGGUUCUAACGGCCAUCAGGUUCCUGACGCAGCGGAUUCUCAGUGGUCUGAUCGCGACCUAGGCUUAGGCCGUCCUUAGUCGUGCGGCUCUCCCGUGCAUGAACGCUCUUCAGCGCUCUCGCCGUCUCUCCGCAUUCUUUCUAGGCCACCAUGCGAAUCCCCAGAUCCCUUUGACGCCAUGGCCUCGCUUCUCUAACUCUCAACACGCCUUAGCACGAUUUAGUAGCCCGCUCGUGUCGCCUUCUCUUCUCGAGAGCUCGGCCAUAAUGGCAUCGCUUUCCUCUCUUGCUGUGGCUUCUUCAUCCUCAUCCUCGCUACUGAGCUGUUCCGCGUCGUUGUCUCCCAGAUUCGCGGAGCUAAGAUCGUCGCCUGCGACAUGCGACACCAAAAGCAUGGUAUCUGCGACUAGAGGCCCUCUUACAUUCGCCCUGGUUGGGCAACUAUCGCAACUACCGCCUUCCCAGUCCUUCAUUCUCCCGGUCCAUUCGUUACAGUCACGUCAGAAACACUCGCAGCCUCGACGUUUCUCACCCGCGGCUGCUUAUAGCGAAGCCAGCCAACCAGGGUACCCGUAUUCCUUCUCUCGCGUUCCUAACGAAGCCUCCUUUAGCGCGGACGGCUCGUGGCCGGAUAACUUCAGGGUUUGGGAGAACGGUGGCGGAUUGGUCCACGUGGAGGCGGUGGUUGACAGCUCAGCAGUGGUCGAGCCGUCCGCAGUGGUUCAUUCCGAGGCUCGGAUUGGCGCGAAGACGAGGAUCGGAUCAGGAUCGGUGGUGGGCCCUUACGUGAAGAUUGGCGAGGAGACUACCAUCUGGUACAACGUGUCGCUCUCGAAUUGCACGGUUGGAGACCGCUGCCUGUUCCACAACGGCGUGCAGAUAGGGCAGGACGGGUUCGGAUUUUUCGUGGAUGAAGCGGGCAAGAUGGUCAAGAAACCUCAAACCCUGGGAGUGCAGAUAGGCAGCGAUGUGGAGAUUGGGGCCAACACAUGCAUCGACAGGGGGAGUUGGAGGGACACGCAGAUUGGUGACUUCGUCAAGAUCGACAACCUCGUGCAGAUCGGCCAUAAUGUGGUCAUCGGGCGCUGCUGUAUUCUCUGCGGGCAAACCGGCGUUGGCGGCUCGUCCACGCUUGGCGACUACGUGGUGCUGGCAGGGCAGGUGGGGGUGGCGGAUCACGUCACCAUUGCGGACAAGGUGCGGGUGGCAGCCAAGUCAGGCGUGGCGGCUGACAUCAAGGAGCCCGGGGACUAUGCUGGCUUCCCCACGGUGAAGGCAAGCGAGUGGCGUCGGUUGGUGGUGAUGGAGAGGAGAAUGAUGAAGGGGUCAGGGCCUGGAGCUGAUCGAUCUGCGCCAUCUUCCAAUGCACCUGGGAAGAAAGCUUGACAGCGAGUGCUUGUGGUUUGUAGACUUGUAGUUUGGCCAAGGCGAUGAAAGAAAAGCCAAUCAUUAGUUGAUGAUGCUCUUUGCAUGUGCUUGCUUCAUUAAAUUGAUGUUUCCUAA